AAAAACCAGUGAGUUAUCCAAGUUUGGUGUUCUGAUUAUGCAUCCAAGUUUUUGUGAAACCAGAAUUCAAGUUUGAUGUUCUGAUUAUGUAGGCACGCAACAAUUAGGUUUUCUUUUUCUUUUUCCCCUAUUCUGUUUUUAACAUCUUGUGUAUGAGAUUGGUGACGGGUAUUCUUUAUGUUGUACAUCCUGUGCAAAAGAGGCAUUGCAUAAGAUCUAAUUCCAUUUGGCAUAUGUAUUACUUGGAACAAAAUCUUCUUCUCUCCACAAAUGACAACAAUUCAGUACUGAAGAUUGCUGAUUUUGGAUUUGCAAGAUCUCUACAACCUAGAGGUCUUGCAGAAACAUUGUGUGGUUCACCACUGUACAUGGCGCCAGAGAUAAUGCAACUUCAGAAAUAUGAUGCAAAGACCAUUGAGAUUCUUUUCAGCAAAAAGAUAUUAUUGACCAUGGAGGGCCAUACUCCAAUCUUCUAUGCUGGUGUUUUGGAUUCUCUAGCAGCGGAAUUGAAGGCUACAAAGGAUAUCUCCAAGUUAUAUGCUGGCAUUGCAAUACUUGGGUAUAUUGCUUCUGUUCCAGAAUCCGUCAACACCCGAGCCUUUUCUCAUCUUCUCACUUUCCUAGGCCAUAGAUAUCCCAAGAUCCGGAAGGCUUCUGUUGAACAAGUUUACCUUGUCCUCCUGCAAAAUGGAGAGCUUGUGACAGAGGAUAAGAUGGAGAAAGCGCUUGAAAUUAUUUCCGAAACUUGCUGGGAAGGUGAUAUAGAAGAAGCAAAACAACGACGAUUAGAGUUGCAUGAUAUGGCUGGUCUAUAAACAGGGCUACUUCCCAAAAUUGGGAAUGGAGCAUCAAACAGGGAUGGUGAGAAGAGGCCAGCAGCCAAUGAUGAGAAUGCAUCAUACUCUUCCUUAGUUGGGUCAACUGGGUUUUGAUUGACUUGAAUUAAACCAUCCUUCAUGUUUGUUGUACAUUUUCGUCACUUCUCUUCACCUUAGACAUCUACCUCUCUAGCUUUUCCUGCAUGUCGCA